AUGGACUCCCUAUCUAAAAAGAUCCAAAACCUGGGCAUCCACGACAUUAGAAACGCGGCACGGUUCGCCCAAAAUGUCAUAGUACAGUACGAGCCCUACCAGGUUGACAUCAGGCGUGCCACCAAUACCGACUCGUGGGGUCCCACGCCCAAGCACCUCUUCAAAGUCAUGCGCAACAAGUACCAGGUGCCGCUGCACCUGAUGACCGAGUACACGCUGAAGCGCCUGGUGGACCACAUCGCGUCUCGGCCCAAGAACUUCUACGAGAAGGCGCGUAAACAGUACGUCAACUACGGCAGUGAGUGGCGUGUGGUGCUCAAGUGCCUCGUGGUGCUUGAAUACCUGCUGCUCAACGUCGACAACGGGUCUGAGCUGGAUCAAGUCACCAGCUGCCUGCUAACGCACAAGCACAUCUUAACGCGCGACGUGAUGCAGUUCCGCGUCGACUUCAGCGCCGACGGAAAGAUGGAGGUGCACGAGCGCGGCAUCAAGAAGAAGUGCGAGCAGAUGAUUCAGUAUAUCGAGGACCCCGCGUACCUCAAGCGCGAGCGUGCCAAGCACAACAAAAACGUGGCCAAGAUCCACCAGUCAUCUGCCACGUUUUCCACGGUGUCUACGCCCAGCACCAGCGGGCGCGACGCCGUUUAUGGGUCUUACGACGACGAAGACGACGACGACGACGACGGCGACUACGAAGAUUUCCGUUCAGCUGCACCCGCACAAUCAGCAGCGCGGCGUAGAACGUCAGCUGCGGAUGAGCAACGGCGCCAGAAACGUGAGAUGCUCCGCGAGAAGAUUAAGGCCAGCGAGCUGCAACGCAAGGCCUCGCUCAAAAAAGCACAGGAACCACCCGCGGACCUGCUGGACUUGGAUGACCCUGAACCUCAGCCUCAGAGGCAGUCACAACCAGCAGCCAAGCCCCAGGCUUCUACAAGCCUAGGCUUUGACGACGACGACGAUGACGACGAAUUCGGUGACUUUCAGAGCGACAGCCACCCACAAACCACCGCUCCAACCUCAAACAACACCACCGGCACUGUGAGCGGCUUGGACUUGCUAGAUUGGGAUGGCCCAUCUACUUCAGCUGUUCCCGCCGCUAGCGGCGCUGCCGCAGCUUCAACAACUAGGAACGGUUCAUCCAGCAAUACUCAAACAGAUGCCUUUGCAGACUUGUUUUCCUACUCUAAAUCGCACGCGUAG